UGGCUUCGGAUCGAUUCAAUACAGGUUUCCACCCCACACCCCAAGUGGGUAAGGGCGUUGUGUGUAGUAGCGAGAGUGUGUUAUGGAGGAUCUGAUUUUCAUGGAAAAUGAAAUAUAGUAUGCAAAUUGGUGAAAUAAAUAAAUAAAUAAAGUGACAAAUAUAUUUAUGCAUAAUGCGUGCCAUCAAGUUGCGAAGUUAUUCUUAAGAACUGUAUGCAAGCAAAAAUGGAAACGGAAAUAAAAGCGAAAAUUGUUGCUUCUGACAAACAAUGUUUUAGUGAAAAUGCCAUUCACGAGCAGAUACUGCACAUUAAGGACAAGGAAAAUGGUGUCGUGCUGUGUGCUCCUUCUGCUGAAAGUGACUUGUGCCAAGAAAACAGAAAUAAUGCAAAACAUGUGACUAAUUUUCACCAGAGUAAUGUUGAAAGAUGUGACAGUAAUAAUAAAAAUGUUGGCAGUGAAGAGACAUGCAAGAUUGAAAUGUCGCCACCAUCAGAAAUUUGCAGCAUUCCUAUCCCACUUUCAGAAACAGUUAAAUUACAUCCUUCUGACAAGACAAGUACAACAACUGAAAGUCUUAGUCAGAGUGAACAAAGUUUAGAUUUUGAUGCUGUGCGGGAUACUACAGGGGCUCAUAAACUGAAAUCUAGAAAGCAUGUCAAUAUCUGCACAGAGAGUGAGGACCAAGAGGAAGAUGGGAUCAAUAAUUUUGAGACUAUGGCCCUUCGAGGUUCUGAGACAUCAGAAUCUGUAGCGGAUCAUUCAGCAGUGAGCAACAGCACUGAUGGAUGCCUUACAGUUACUGGAACCAUUAAACGUGGCAAGAAGGCAGGUCAGUGUGUGGAUAUUAGACUGAAUAUGUCUCGUGAAGAGCUUGAGCAUCUUGAAGCAAAUAUAACUGCAAAAAAAUCCAGUUCCAGUUCAGCUUCAACUUGGUUAUCAUGUGGUAUUAAGAGUGGUCCCCAUAUAAUGCUAAUAACUGUCCUUAUUUUACCUCUUGUAAGUCUUGUGUCGGGUGCGUAUUCAUUUUACAUUGGAACAAUUACUUGGUACAACAUUUUUACAUAUUAUACUGAAGAAAAGCCUACAUUCUGUAGGGUACUUGUCUCUCCCAUUCUCAUUUUAUUGUAUCCUUUUCUUAUAGUUAUUUUUACUCUUGGUCUUGGCAUUUAUGCAGGUUUUGUUCAGCUGUCAUGGUUUUAUGACAGCUGGUAUAAGGAAAUAACAGAUCUAGAGAAAGGGUUUUAUGGCUGGUUGUGUGCUGUACUGAGGCACGAGGAAUGCUCUCCAUAUGAAGUUGUAAUCUUAACAGACAUCCAGGGAACAGGCAGAGUGGAACCUAUUGAAAGAUCAUCAUCUGGAGAUCUAUCAGGUUAAGGACAGACUUUAUAAUCUUCAAUAUGUUUGACUGUAUAUAAAAAUUUAUCUGGUUUAAAUUACAUCAUGUGAGCUGGAUAUGAAAAAGCAUGCAUGUGAUAAAUGACUACCUUGUACAAAAUGUGUAUGUAAUACUUCAAAAUAGUUUCAGACUGGGGCAAAGGACCUUUUAAAGUAACCAGAAAUUAUGACUGAACACUGCCAGAAACUAAUAUUUGUCGAACAUAAUUAAUUGUACAAAAUGUGAAAACAGUAGGAAAGCAAGCCUGACCCAUCUGGUAUUCAACAAUGAGCUUCAUGUAUUAAUGUAAAAGUAAGAGUCUGUAUAUGGAUCUUUCAUGUUUAUAUGAUUGCAAGAGAAGUUUUAUGUAGUUUUCUAAAUCCUCAGUUAGAAAAUUACAUAUUAAGGCUGCUGUGCCCCAACUCCAAAAGUCUGCUGCAUCCCAACUCCGAAAGUCUGCUGUGCCCCAACUCCAAAUAAUAAUAAUAUUUUAGUGAAAAUUAGGUAAUUUCUUUCACUGUGCUACACAAAACCCAUUUUGCUUUUCGCUAAAAGAAGAACAUGUCUUGUUUUUUAUGCUGUAGUCACACAAAGAAAGUAGUUAAAACAUAUUAUUACGAUACAUUUCUGUAAUAUUUCUGAAAACUUCCUCUUCGAAAACAUAUCAUGUUUUUCUUUCUUAAAUUUUCUUCGUGAUCUUUGAUCUUUAUUGUAAUUCUCAUAAGCAAAAACAUAUCACAGGAUAUUGUUUAUGGGAUAGCAUUGAUUUGUUUUGUUUUUUGUUUUUUUUUUUACUGUUCUUUUAUGAGACUGCUUAUGUCCUGUGUAAUAACUGGUGCUCAGUGACAAAUUUAUAUUCUCUUGACAUAAUACUUUCAAGGAUAUGACUCAAUAGUGUGUGUUAUGGUGAGUUCAGCAGAAUAUGAAAUUGUUUGUAAAUAGAAUAUUAAAUUGUUUGUAAAUUGUGUGUAAUUGACACUUCAAAUAUGUCAUGGGAUUGUAAUACACAUUUUCACAUACAGAUAUGCAUAUGCCAUGAGUACUACCAGUUGUGAUGUUACGUAUGCAGUAGUUUUUAAAAAAAAGCAGGCUUGAGAGAUGAGCAUGCAUUUCAUAGAAUGUAACCAUUAAGCUUUGGAUGGAGCACCAUGGUUUAAAUAACUUUCUAGAGCUGUUACAUGAUGUGUGUUUCUUAUGCUGAAUGUGAUGCAUUUUGGAGGUGAGCUCCAGCAUUUUUACAAACUUGAUAUAAAUAAUUAAGACUUGGUACUGGGUUGAUAUUUUUACCACUAAAUAAUAAUACAAGUGAAACAUCUUCAGAACAAGAUUGCAUGAAAUGUUAAGUAAGAAUGAGACUGAAUAAUUUCAUAAUACAGUUUAUUAAAAAUACUCAUAUUUGUAACAAAAUGCUGAUUUCUAUACUUUCUCUUUUUCAUGUCUGAAUGUUUUAUAACUCAUAUAGUAGCAGAUAUGGCACCAUAUUUUAUAUAUCAGUUCUUUAUAUAAUAAGUGGAAUGAUGUUUUGUAAAUAAACAUUUUGAUAGAUGUUUUUACUGUCAAAUUGAUAAGUGUUGCCAAAAAAUUGUAAUACUUCAAAUCAAAUUUUAUACUUUAUUGAUAAGUCCAAGGCUUAGUCAUUUAUUAAAGCAUAAUUAAUAACCAUUUGGCAUUUUACUUACAUGAACUGAACUGUACUGACAACAAUAAAAUGUAUGGUAGUUACAACAGAAAUGAGUCUGUCAUUUCACAUCUGAUUUCAUUCGGUAUUACAUAGCUUUUGCCUUCUUGACUACAUCUAUAAGGUGGUGACAAGAAAGAAAAUCUCUUCUGAUCUUUGGGUACUUGUCAUCUUGACCUUUAAUGUAUAUACCAAAAUAACUUGCAGCAGUUCAGUUUAAAACUGAUGAAAAAAAUCAAACUUUCCACUAAUAUAAAUGUAAAACAACUUUAAAAUGAAUAGUGAAGAGACUAAAAUACUACAGCAGUACAUGUGGCUGAAUGAUCACUAAAUUAGAACAAGAUGAACCAGCCAGUCUGAAAUCUCCAACCUAAAGUUUUAGCCUGGAUUCCAGACAAUAUAACUUUGUGAAAUCCUAAAAGAAGCUGUUGUAUCUUCUUUGGAUUACAUAAUAGUUUAGUUGGUGAGAACUGGCACAGUACAGAUUCAAGUGAGUCCUGUGUAACCUCCUUCAGCGCUAAGAUGUUCUGAUGUGAUGUAAGUUACGCAUAUGCCAGCCUGAUAUAUUUAAUGAAGCAGGUCAUUGAUAGCGUAAAUGCAAAAGAAGGGUCCAAUCAUAGAGCACUGUAAAAAACCAUUACAAAUUCCUGUUAAAGAAGAGUGUUUAUUUUUGACUGCAACAAACUGUAAGUAAUUACUGAUAAUGCAGAUCUAUGCAACUGGGCUGGUCACUGAUAGCAAUAAUGCUGAAGAAAGAUAUAAGGACAGAGCCUUGGGGAAAACCACUACUCAUUUCUAUUACAGAAGAGUGUUUCUUUUUAACUGAGAUAAACUAAGUAAUUACUGCUAAUGCAGAACUACAUUACAUAAUAAAAUGCCAGCCAUUCAAUUAGGAUGUCAAAGGGAACGUAUUAACAUGCCUUCUAUAGUUCACAUAACAUACACUGAAGAGCCAAAGAAACGGCUACACCUGCCUAAUAUCAUGUAGGGCUCCUGCGAGCGUGCAGAAGUGCUGCAACACAACAUGGUGUGGACUCGACUAAUCUCUGAAGUAGUGAUGGAAGGAACUGACACCAUGAAUCAUGCAGAGCUGUCCAUAAAUCUGUGAGAGUAUGAACAGCACGUUGCAAGGCAUCCCAGAUAUGCUCAAUAAUACUCAUGUCUGGGGAUUUUUGUGGCCAGCAUAAGUGUUUAAACUCUGAAGAGUGUUCCUGGAGCCAGUCUGUACCAAUUCUGGAUGUGUGGAGUGUCACACUGUCCUUCUGGAAUUGCCCAAGUCCGCCGGAAUGUACAAUGGACAUGCAUGAAUGCAGGUGAUGCUUAUGUAUGUGUCACCUGUCAGAGUCGUAUCUAGACGUAUCAGGGGUCCCAUAUCACUUCAACUGCACAUGCCCCACACCAUUACAGAGCAUCUGUCAGUUUGAACAGUCUGCUUCUAACAUGCAGGGUCCAUGGGUUCAUGAGGUUGUCUCCAUACCCGUAAACGUUCAUCCGGUCGAUACAAUUUGAAAUGAGACUCGCCGAACCACGCAACGUGAUUCCAGUCAUCAACAGUCCAAGGUCAGUGUUGAUGGGCCCAGGCAAGGUGUAAAGCAUUGUGUUGUGCAGUCGUGAGGGUACACAAGUGGGCCUUUGGCUCCAAAGCCCACAUCGAUUAAGUUUCAUUGAAUGGUUCCCAUGCAGACCCUUGUUAAUGGGUUGGGCUGUUUGAGGGAAGAGACCAAACUACGAGGUCAUUGGUCUCACCUUGUUAAUGGCCCACUUCCAAAAUCUGCACCAGUUUGCAGAAGUAUUGCUCUUUUGUUAUGUUGAACAAUUCACUUCAGUCAUCAUUGGUCCCAUUCUUGCAGGAUCUUUUUCUGGCCGCAGCGAUGUCGCAGAUUUGAUGUUGUACCAGAUUCCUGAUAUUCUAGGUACAUUCGUAAAAUGGUGGUACAGGAAUAUCCCCACUUCAUCACUAUCUUGGAGAUGCUGUGUCCCAUCACUCGUGCACUGACUGUAACACCAUGUUCAGAUUCACUUAAAUCCUGAUAACCUGCCAUUAUAGCAGCAGUAACCAAUCAUAUACAGGCAUUGCUGACCACAGUACCAUAUUCUGCCUGUUUACAUACCUCUCUAUUUGAAUAUGCACCCCUGGUACCAGUUUCUUUGGCACUUCAGUGUGUGUGAUACCAUAUUCUUAUUUUCAAAGGCUGCUAAUGUCUGAUCAAAGUGCCUGUCUAAUUAAUUUCUUUCCUUUGGGGUGGCCUACGUUAUCUUAGCAACUCUUGAGCUAAUGAAAUGCACUAAAGGAUACAAUUUCAUGUCUAAUACAAUUCUUCUAGUGUUUCACCAGUAAAACCCUCACACUCUUAUUAUUUAAAAAAAUCAAUCACCCAUUUAUAAAACAGCUUCAAAGUCUG